UCACUAAAAGAUGACACCAUUAAUCACUAAAAUUCUGCAUCAUUAUAUUUUUAUUUUUUGCUUUUAUUCAAAAUUUCGCUAAGAGACUUUUUGGCCAAUUGGCCUAAAUAGAAAAAUGGCCGAAGGUCUAUUCCAUGGGCCGAAAUAAUGUUGUCACAAAUUAUCACAAAUUAGUCACUAAAUCCCUAAAAAGGUUUCAAGGCAAUCGCAAAAAUUUGCCAGGCUGGAUAGGGGGAUCCUACAUUUGUGUUUAUAAUUAAACAACCGCUUUAUUUUCACUUGUCAAAUGACCGGCAAAUGAAAGCCUGAACCCUGCUGAAUAUACUUUCAUUCAUAAAUAGAAUCAUUUGUUUCAAAUUAUAUAUUUUAGACAAUAAUUCAUACACUCUGCCUAAAGGUAGGGCUAUGGACUAGAGUGUUAACUUAAAUUUUUCUGAAAAAAUGGAGCGGGUUGACCACAACUCAAUGUGAAGAAUGCCUUCACUUUGUUAUGAGCGAAAAUUGUGAACGCAAUGAUUGUGAACGAUGCUUAAGAGCUUUUCUUUUCCAGAGAAGAAAAAAAUCAGCUAUAAAUAAAAAAAAAAUUGUUUAUAGAAACAAAUAUUAAUUCUGUGAUCAAAGCAAAGAAAGAGAUUUUACAAGUUAAAAAAAAUAUUAUAUCGCAUAUAUGUGUUUUCAAAAGUAAAACGACAAUUCACCACACCUAAAAAAGUAGUUUAGUUCACCACCAUUUGUCGUUCAAUAUGUAUUACCUGCUUUGAGGCAUUUUCAAAUGCAUUAGAAGGUUCAAAUUCCAAAUUUCAUACACGAAAAACGUAGCCAUAUUCAGUGUUUGUGAGUUUGUUCAAAAAUUGUUGUAUUCCGACUUUCAUUUGCACGGGAGCAUCGAGUUUUGUGUCUUUCUUUCAUCAUUUUUCUGAAGAUAUUUUUAAUAAAUUAAAUUCAGUAACUGAUUUUCUUUACCCACUUAUAAGGUCAAAUAUAUUUGACAGUGUAAUAAUUUUGGCAUUUUCUCUACACGUAGAGCAUCAAUUCUCAACUUACGAGAAAAGAAUUCUUUGAAUAAGUGGAAAAUUUCGUAAUCGAUAGAAACAGUGAAGAACAAGAGAAAGGAUGAAAUUCGUUGAUAUGGAUGUUGAUUGUAUUGAGAGCUGCUUGGAGCACUUAUCAUUCGAUGAACUGUUGAGUGCGGCUGCUUCCAACAAACGAAUUAAUCAGGCGGCCAAGUUUAUUUAUUCUCGAAAAUUUAGUUCAAAAAAAAUUUCGUUCAGUGUAAAUAAAGGAUUUGAAGCACAACUAGUUAAUCGGAUUGUGUAUUUUGGUGACGAUUCAUUAGAAGACCAUUCAUUCAGAGACUUGAAAUCAAGUUUAAAAUUUUUGAGGUGUUUCGGUCAACUUCUAACUAAUAUAGAAAUUCUAUUUCAAAAUGACAUGCAAAAUGAUAUGUUUAUGUUUGGUGACUUUCCCGAUGGGAGAAAUGCACCGAAUAAAUUUAUAUGGACUCAACAUGUAAUUGAGUAUGUAAAUGAAUAUUGCGCCGAAUCUUUACUUGAUGUUCAUUUUUAUGGGAUUCGAGAUUUACCAAAUUAUCUAAAAAAGCCAUUCAGCAGAGUCAAAAACAUCACAUUGGAAAAUUGUUAUUUUUCUGAUUUGGUUGAAAACAAUUGGUUAAAUGACCGUUUUCCAAGAAUGCAAGAACUUCAUUUGAACCUUACUUAUUCGAAUGAUGUUGGUUCAUUUAAAUUUAUUGAGAAUUGUUUUGGAUUUUUGGAGCAUUUGAACAUUUCUAUGCAAGUAUUUUAUUGCACGGACGAUCAUUAUAGAAUUGUUGAGCCAGGAAUUAAUUCAUUCAGAAGAAAUAUUUUGGCGCUCUUUCAUUUAAAUCCACAAUUAAAGCAUUUGGAAAUUUUUGCAGCGGACUUUUUCUAUAAAAAAUGUCCUUUUAUUGGCGCAAAUGAUCUUCAAAGCGUGAACAAGAGUCUUCAAAAUCUCGAGAGUUUAAAACUCAAUAUACAUUACCAAUUCAAUUCUGGAUUUAAUGGUGAUUUUAUCCACUUUAAGAAUCUAAAAA